UCAUUCAUAUCACGGUCGAUAAUCCUGAUAUUGUUUAACCCUCAACUUCUACGAAACAAAGCAAAUCAUGAAGGUUACUCGAAAACUCCACCCCUUUAUAACUAUCUAUCCAAUGAUCGUGUUUCACCUAAACUGAUUAAGGGUGAAAUGCUCCAAUGGGACGCAGAGAUCACGGCGCAAGCGUUCAAGAAUGGUGAAUAACAGUGGUUUUAGAGGGUUGCUUUGAAAAAGGGGCGGGUUCGAAAUUUACCGAAAUCUCGAAGUUCAAUUCAUAGAUGAGGAUAUCUUCGGAAUCAGAUUGAAGGUGACAGUUGUGCCAGUGACAAACAUUUUAUUUUCCUUCAUUGUUUUUUUUUUAACUUGAAAAACGAAACGAAGUGUUCUUCCUGCGUUCGCCGCUGGACAGAAUCCGGGAUAUGAGCUACACCGAAUCGUUGUGGGAGAUUAAUGGAAAUCAAACACCAGUGAUUACAGCGGAUAUGUCGCAAUACGUCAGCGGCGAACUUGGAAGCUAUCCGAUGUGGGACAGUUCUGUUUUAUACCAAGCACCACCUCCUUCACAUUCUCACGUAAACGAACAUGGGUUAUAUAGACAACCUUGUGCAUUAUUACAUCAAAGUCGCUAUACACCUAAUGGUAGAUCUCCGAAUCUUCCAUCAUCUACUACAAAGAAACCAAGACGUCGUGUAGCAACUGUUUCACAAAGAAGAGCAGCCAAUAUUCGUGAAAGGCGAAGAAUGUUUAAUUUGAAUGAAGCCUUUGAUAAAUUACGUAGAAAAGUACCAACUUUCGCUUAUGAAAAACGGCUUUCGAGAAUCGAAACUCUACGUUUGGCGAUCACAUAUAUUGCAUUCAUGGGAGAAUUACUUGGAAUCGAAUCGAAUAGUCCAAAACCAGAAUAUAUUCCGAGGGAAUAUUAUUUGCCGAAUUAAAGUUGAAAAAUAAAAAUGAAAACAAAAACAAAAAUAGAGAACUUUUAAAAAAUUAAUUAUUUAUAUAUAAAUUGUUUUACGAUGUUAGUACUUUGAUUUCUUUUAAAAGUGAAAAUUAAUGCGCAAAUACAUGAAAAACAAAUAAAUGAUUAAUUAAAAUAUUAAAAAAUUUAAAUAUAUAAAAUUAAAUAUUUUAAAAAAAAUGAUGCACAAAUGAAUAUAUUUCUUGAAAAAUAACUUAACAAAAAAAAUUGAAUAUAUGCAUUUAAAUGAUAUUUAACUUUUAUUUCUUUUUUCCUUAUAUCUAUAAAGAAAAGUUAAUAGUUUUCAAAAUUUGAUUUUAAUACUCAUUCACAUAUUUUUAUAUACAUAUUUUUUUUAAUAUUUUAAUAUAAAUAUAAAUUUUUUAUUUUAUAAGAACAUUUCAAAAUAUUUUUAAUUUAUUUAAAAAUCGAAAUCAAUUUUUUAUCAACUUCUUUAUUUUUGAAAGAUCAUAAAUAAUUAAUUUCAUGUAAUAAUUCAAAUAAUUUUAAAUAUUUAAAUAUUUAGCGAUAAUUAUUAAUAAAUAUUUAAACUAAUAAUUAAAUAUAAUUAAAUAAAAUAUAAUUUAAAUUAAUAAAUAUAUAAACUUUAGUUAUUUCUUGUAUAAACAAAAAUAUCAAGUGCAAAAUAUAUUUUAGAAUAUAAUAUAUGUGUUUAAAAUUAAGAUUAACGUAUAUAAAUAUUAUAAUCAAAUAAUAAAUAAAUUAAUGUAAACGUAGUUAAGUAUCCUGUUGAAAAAGCAUUAACUAACACUUAAUGUUUAUGUGAUUCUACAAAAUAAGAUAAAAAUGUCUUCCAUAAUUUAUGUAAAUCUGCUUAUUAUAUAUUAUCAUUAUAUCUAAAUAUAAAAUGUACAAAUACUA